AUGAAGACUACUCUCCUCCUCGGUCUCUUCACCGGCAGCAUCUUGGCCGCCACCACGGGCGAGGGCAUCAAGCCCGCUAGCAAAGACGCUUCUGCUCUGUCUAGCCUGCCCAAGGAUGCCUUGAGCCUCAGCUCCUCUUCUGCAACUGCGUCAAUACGGGUUGCUAAAUCAGCGUUUGGUGACCUUGAGGCCUUGCCAGUUUUCUUUGCCUGUCGAAUCGGUCCGUCAUUGGCGGCGGAGGAAACAACGAUUCUGGAAGGUCUCGGAAACGUCCUUUCAACACGGAGCCCGGCCAAUGCUACGAGGACAGACUUGAAAGAUUGA